AUGCUGAUAUGGCAUAGAGACAGGUUCGCGGCUCUGCCGGCAGAGAACAAGAAUGGUAACGCGUACGUUGGAGCGGCUUCGCCCGAGAAAAUCGAAAUGGGAGAGUGUUCGAACGCGUCGACGUAUUACGGGUCUUCUGACGGUACCUCGUCUCAAGACGAGGCGCAGAGGUCAGAUGGGGGACUUGAUGGAACUCGACAAGAAGACAGUUCUCCAGCGUCGUUUGUGGAGAGGACUCGGCCAGCGGACCCUGCCUCGCCGGCGUCCAUUCGGGGCCGACGCGACAACGCUGCUUCUUCAGUCUCCUCACUGGCCACGAUGCUGCCUACAGCUCCUCCCGCUUCACCUUCCGGAGGACACGCGCCACCCGCCUCGGGUGUGGGUGUCGAUCCGAGACUAGCGAACCACGGUGCGAGCAGUCGCGCGGUCGUCCUCGGGCUCCUGCACGACCUCCUGCAGGCUCUCCCGACCGCCAACAUUGACCAAGUCCUCGCGUCCCUCGAGCCCAUUCGUCGGCACUCUGGGUCCGGUGGCGGUGGACUCACGGACACGGUGCGUCUCUCGCAACUUUCCGAGGCCUCCCAUGGCAACCCGGCGUCCUCUGACGACUUCCUUCAACGGCGGGGCUCCAACGAAGAGUGUGGGGUGGAGCUGGGCACAGCGGGAGGAAACGGGCAAAGGGAGUCGGCGCGGCCUUCCUCAGUACCGCCAAAAGGACAACGCGAACGCAGCUCGGCAACCUCAGUUAAGAGCGCCGACUCUGAGGCUGGAGCUCGGAGAAGAUCGAGCGUGAGCAGUGCAAGCGACCGCGAGGGGAAAGCGGCUGUCGCGUCCUGCUGGCGGCCCGGCCGGAAAGACGGAGGAGUGGGCAACCUGCCUCCUCUCCCUUCCUCGCUUUCACGAAGUCGCCGUCCGUCUCGGGGGGAGGCGACUCCUCAGGGAAGACGCGUCGGCGCGCCAAAGUGCUACGAAACGCGACCUGUAGCUGACUGUCUGCAGUCCCGCUUAGUGUCCUUUGGCCGCCGUCAAAAGAGCGACGAAGAAGGAACCCGCUCUCCACGUGGCAGUGUGUCCCAGCGGAGUUUGUGCGAAUCGAAACGAGGUGCUGCAGGGGAGGGAGCGACAAAGAAGAAGAGUGCGGUACAGGGUCAAAAUGACGGCGCUGUGAAGAAAGACAACAGGAAAGCGAAGGGACAGCCGGAAGGUAACAGCGGGAACGGCGACGACAGACUUCCGAGUGCAGGUACCGCACCGAUGACCGCAAAGGAAAUCGUAGAAAAACACGCCGAGGACUUGAGGGAGUGGCUGGGAUGGGCAGUCUCUCUGGGGUAUGUCCCUGGCCUGUACAGCUCUGCAGCGGCCCAGAUGGGGACAGGAGACCGUUUCGCCAACUCCGCUGCGAGGCACCCCUUCCUCGUCCAUCUCGCUUCGCCCAACGCGAAUCAAGGGCCCCAGGACGCGUCCCCCGGCCCUCUUGGACUCCCUUUCCAGCAGGUCGCGGGCGUGGAAUGUGGGCCAGCUGGUGACGUUCUGUCUGCGGGACUGCCCGCCGCAGCUGGUGCUCGGGUCGGUGCUCCACGUCGGAAUCUCGGGGCGUCAGACGCAUCGGCGGACAUGGGGCGAGCUCAACCUCCGAAUGCCACGGCUUCAUCCCCGGGAAAAGGUCAAGUGAACACCGUCCACGCGGAGGCAGAUGUUUCUCAGGGUUUGCGAGCGGCUAGAUCACGAUCGAUCCUUGAAACGCUGACGGCGGAUCGGGAAGGGAACGCGAGUCCCCAUUCCCAGCUGCCCCGUCCAAAAGAGACAACAGCCCUCCGCCUCCAGGCCAGAGGCGUCGCCCGACCAGUCCCUCUCUUCCUCGCAGCAGCUGAGGCCUCAGGCACAGAGCAAGCGUCUUCCCGGUCGGACGACGACAGCUCCGGCCCACAGGUGACUACGCCUUUGCCGCCCAUUGAGGAAGAAGGCGAAGACAUCGACGUGAUAUCUCUCCCACAGAAACUGAUGCCCGUCACGCCCAAGCAUCUCCUCCAGACUCCGAGGCCAGCCUGGCUUAAGGGCACACCGACGGCAGCGCAGGCUGCGGCUGAGUGCCGCGCAGCCAGCGCAGCUCUUCGCCAAGCUGCACUGGAAGAACUUUCUCGCACAACGCCAACCGCAAGAGAUGGGCAGAACCCAGAAGCCCGAGCUGGGGACGCGGAAGAUGUUUCUCCUCGGCAACACCUGGAGGAGACCGGAAAGACAAACAAUGCAUGCUGGAGCGGGAUGGGAUUCAAGGCUUGUGGCGCCAGGUGUGCUACCGGUGAACCGGAGGACUCGGAAGGUUCCGACGAUGCAUCGACUCCACGACCUGUUCCCGCGUCUGCAGUGACGCUGGAGGAACUGUUUCCCCAGAUCAAGUCCCAAAGGCAAUCGUGCAUCGCGAACUUCUGGAAGCUCCUCUGCUCGUCCCCAGGCUCCGGAACUGUUUUCUCACGGCAACCUGGGCCGUUGCCCCAUCACAAAGCUCCCGACGUGUUUCUGUUCUUCGAUCCUGGGCAGCCUGGUAUGGCCCCGCUGUCUCGUGUUCCGCCUCACGAUUAUCUGUCUCGCGUCGACGGCGCCCGUGCACACAUCCCCCACCCGGCAGAGGAGCCCUACCCCUUCGUGGCCGCUCCUUGCCAUCCCGUGGGUUUCCCGUUAACUCCCAGUUAUGUUCCCCUCAACGGCAACGGCGUAUUGCUUCCGGCUGACUACAGGAUUGCUCCCUUCUACGCCUAUGGAGGACCGGCGGGUGCCGACAAGUUCAUUCCCCCUGCCUCCACUCUCGCUCCAGUGCACGAAGGUGCUACGGCGUAA